CAAGAAGGGGGCGUGGCCAAAGGAGGGGAAGGGGUUCGGCUGCGCGGCUGCACCGCUGCCUUCCGGGUCGGGCUGAGCCGAGUCAAGUCGAGCCGGGCCAUGGGGCAGAUCGAGUGGGCCAUGUGGGCCAACGAACAGGCGUUGGCGGCCGGGCUGAUCAUGCUGACCGGAGGGGUCGUGGCGGUGGCUGGGCAGUUCAAGGGCUGGUACUUCGCCGCGUACGCCAUUGCUGCAGGUGCCUUCGUCUGCCUUCUGGAGUACCCACGCAGCAAGAGGCAGAAGGGUUCCACAAUGGAGCGCUGUGGCCAGAGGUACAUGACGGCAGUGCUGAAGGUGUUUGGACCGCUCACCCGGAAUUACUACAUCCGUGCCAUCCUGCAUGCAGCACUGGCCGUCCCUGCUGGCUUCCUGCUUUCCACCAUCCUGGGCACUGUCUGUCUGGGCAUUGCCAGCGGCAUCUACCUGCUGGCAGCUGUGCGUGGGGAGGAGUGGCGACCCAUUGAGCAGAAGCCCCGGGAGCGGCCACAUAUGGGAGACACCAUCAAGCAGCCCCCCAGCAACCCCCCACCUCGACCCCCUGCUGAUGCACGCAGGAAGCAGGUGGUCGAAGUUGGGGGGCAAGUGAACCCCAUCCCUGUAGAGGUUGAGUAACACGGAGUUGGGGGUCCUGCUGCUGCACUCACUUCCCAGCUGCAUCCCUCACCCCCCCGACUGGUCCCCAAACCCCUGGGGG